AUGGUUUACCAUGAAGAGGAUCAUAUAUACGGAAAUGUCCCUGAUCUCUCAGCCAGGAGGGUUGAAUCAAAGAUCUGCUCUGAUGAAGACAGGAAUUCGGAGUCUGCUCAAGAAAGAUGGGAGUAUUUCAACGGUAGUUUCUACUACAUUUCUUCUAUCAAGAAAACCUGGCAAGAGAGUAGAGAUGACUGUCUUCAAAAGGGUGCAGACCUGCUGAUUAUCAACAGCAAAGAAGAACAUGAUUUCACAAGAACAUUUCAGAAGAGACUGUGGAUUGGCCUGACUGACUCAGAGACAGAGGGGACGUGGAAAUGGGUGGAUGGGACUCCACUGACCAAAAGAUACUGGCAUUCCGAGGAGCCUAACGGUGGGGAAAGGGAGAACUGUGGUAACACAUAUCAUUACCCUUCAGAAAACAGCUUGAAUGAUUCACCCUGUUACUCGUCACACUACUGGAUCUGUGAAAUGAAAGUCCGUCCAUAACUCUGCUACCAAACCAAUAUUAUAUAUUGUCGAUUAAAUCUUCACAAAAGCAACCUGAAUAUGCUCAUGUGGACACAUCAUUUCCAAGUGAAAAUCAUGUCCAGCUCAGUGUGGGAUAAUCUGAAGCCUGGUUAUUUGCGCUGCAGUAAAGUGACCUGUUAACACAUAGAAACAAACGUCCAACGAGGUUCACUGCUUUGGCUGAAAAAAAAGAAGAAAAAAACUACAAUAUGUUAUACAUGCUUUGAUAUAUUGCUUGCUGAAUGAAUGUAUAAAUGUUUAUGGGUGGGAGGGGGGAUGUGUGUAUCUGGCCACAUCACAGGGGGGUCUAGUCCUGUCUCAUUGGUUUAGUUAUGACCUGUUUUCUGUCAUUGUGUUGUGAAGGCAGCCUCUUUAACACAUCUCAAGGUACGGUUAAAAGGAUGGUUGUGGAGGAAAGAAGGAGUGUCGUUAAUUUAAGAGAACUUUCUAUACUAGAAAAUGGGUA